GUCGUCACUUCCUGUUUGCUGUUGCCUGGUUGUGAAAGUAAGUGGGCAUGUUCGGUUUGAAACAUUCCUGGCAAUGCGAGAGGAAGACAGCUCGUCUCCUCCCUCUGACAAACACUGACUGUGGUUCUUUGUGGCAUGGCGUCUGAGCACGGUGCCAGCACAUGGAGGUGCAAGCAGGUGGCCCAGUGGCUGCAGGAGCAUGGAUUUGAUGACUAUGUGAAGCUGCUUUGCUCUCAGCACCGCCUGGAUGGACCUAGUCUCCUCGCUCUGACUGAGGCAGACCUGCGGGGGCCUCCUCUGGGACUUACUGUGCUUGGAGACAUCAAGAGGCUGGCCAUAUCCCUCCGCCAGCUCCAAAGACAGAACCGAGCCCAGCUGGAAGAGCUUGGUCUCCAGCCUGGAGACAGUCUUGCUGCUCGACUCCCAUUGGCUCCCACUGUGGCUACAGAGGGGAGCUGGGACAUAUCCGACAGGCGCUACAAUGAGGGAGAUUGUCCCGGGAACGGCACUGAGCUGCGACUGAGGAAUGGCGGUCGAUUUGAAAAUGGCUUUGAUGGGAAACUGCAAUGUCACACUCACUCCAACGGGAGGUGUCGCCAGCACUUGGCUGGACGACUGGACCCAGAAGUCUGGAAGACUGUCUUAAGCGUCGUAUAUGUCUUUCUAGUCUUUGGCUUAACAUCUUUUGUCAUGGUUAUUGUACAUGAGCGCGUCCCAGACAUGAGGACAUAUCCACCGCUUCCUGACAUCUUCCUGGAUAGUGUUCCCAGAAUCCCUUGGGCUUUUGCAAUGGCUGAGGCAUGUGGCCUCAUUCUGUGCUAUAUGCUUGUACUGAUCUUGCUGCUUCAUAAGCACAGGUCUAUUCUCUUGAGACGAUUGUGUUCUCUGAUUGGGACUGUAUUUUUGCUUCGUUGCUGCACCAUGUUUGUCACCUCCCUCUCAGUGCCCGGCCAGCACCUCAAGUGUGCCAGUAAGACAUACGGUGAUUCAUGGGAAAAAAUACAGAGGACGCUAACAAUCUGGGUCGGAUUCGGGAUGACUCUGACCGGUGUCCAAACGUGCGGUGACUACAUGUUCAGCGGGCACACAGUCGUCAUUACGAUGCUCAACUUUUUUGUGACGGAAUACACUCCAAGGGGCUGGAAUAUGAUUCACACCAUAUCCUGGGUGUUGAACCUCUUUGGGAUCUUCUUCAUCCUGGCGGCACACGAGCACUAUUCCAUCGACGUGUUCAUCGCCUUCUACAUCACCACGCGCCUCUUCCUCUACUACCACACCUUGGCCAACACACGUGCCUACCAGCAGAGCCGCAGAGCGCGCAUCUGGUUCCCAAUGUUCUCCUUCUUUGAGUGCAACGUGAACGGACCCGUCCCCAACCAGUACCACUGGCCCUUCAGUAAACCUGCCUUCAUGAAAACGCUGAUAGGGUAAGGGGUCGGGUCGGGGUCGGGGGGGGUUUAGCACCGCAAGUGCAUGGACGUUGAAGUUCACACUCAUUGGAUUUUAUUUUGGUUGGUUGGUGUUGUUAUGCAUACGCAGCAUGAAACAUAGCGUUCACCCAAAGGAACCCAAAUAUUUGGUGAAUUUAAAUGGAUGCACUAACUAGAUUACCGGUAAGUACCUUUUUGAUUUUUUUGCACAUUAUAUAUUGAAUAUUUGGGGGGGGUUAUGGGUCUUAAGGGUGCAUGCACAUAUCCUGGAAGGUACCCCUUAUAUAAUCACUUUAAUGUUCCACUUUUCAUCCUAAUCUAGGCUAUUCAUCACACUCAGCAUUUGCUUAAAUAAACUCGGGUUUUCACACAGCUAGAACACAUGCCUGUUUGGUAACUGUUACCAAAGGAAACUUUUUAUGAAGAUCAAUAAGAUCAAAUAUAUAUAUAUAAAUGCUGCAUAAUCAGAUUUUAUUUUAUUUUAUGUAAUUUAUUGUCGUCGCACAGCAUGUUGAUCAUGUUAAGGAACUGAAGCUUUUUUUUUGUCUUACACUUGUGUUUACGCUAGCGUCUUGCAAACACAAAUACAUGUUUACACUGUCAGGGUUAAAAACACAAACUAUGUACAGAUGCAUACUAAUUGUUUACGAUCAUUGUCCUUAUUUGCAAUGCAGUGAUAAUCUUUGGCCAAAAGUUUACAACUUCAGGAAAUGUGUAUGUUUUAUACUGACUGGUUGCACUAACGUUUUAGUUUUUUCGCAUUAAUGAAAACAAAUAUUUAAAGCAUAAUGUGUAUUUUUUUAUUGUUUUUAAUUAAUAAUAAACGUCAAGCUUGUA